AUGCCAAAUUGCACCCAAAAGCUGCGUCAUCACAUCGAGGUCCUUCUCCGCCGUGAUGCUGCCAAACGUUCGCAGGCCGUGGAAGAACGUGCUCUGCGUCGUCGAGUGGAUGAUUAUUAUCUGCCAAUGUUCCGCUGGACGACGGAAGUUGUGGAAGCAGUGCAGAAAAAGAAAGGUGGCAUUAAACGCUGCGUCUGCAUUGGUCUGAGCUGCCCACAGGGCGGAGGAAAGACCACGACUUCCAUGUACAUGCAAAGUGCACUGUCUCUCAUGGGAAAGAAAUGCGCCGUCAUGUCGUUGGAUGACGUGUACUGGAAAUACGAACAACAAAUGGCCCUCGCGAAAGCUAACCCAGACAACCCGCUGCUUCAGUAUCGCGGCAAUCCUGGUACGAUAGACGUAGCUUUUCUGAUGACGUUGAUUCAGCAGUGUAAAACCUCCACUGGAGAGAUUGUACUGCCUCGCUACGACAAAUCAAAGCACAACGGCCGUGGCGACCGUGCUCCUCUGUCUGAGUGGGAUCGCAAACAAGGGCCGUUAGAUGUGCUGCUUCUCGAAGGCUGGUGCAUGGGAUUCCAAGCGAUUGACGAUUCGUGCUCCAAACUGAGUGAGCACAUGAAGGUCGUGAACAUGGAGCUGCGCGUCUUUGACAAAAUCUACAAGGAACUAGACGGCCUCAUUCUUAUCAAGAUUGACGACUUGGACUGGAUCUACGAAUGGCGCGAGCAGCCUGAGCAGCUACUGCGGGAAGCCAAUAAACCAGCCAUGACACCCAAUGAAGUGCGCGACUUUGUCGAUCGUUUCAUGCCAGCAUACAAAACAUACCUCAAGAAGCUGUACACCGAUCCAAAGCACUCUUCAUCUUAUUUAGCCACAAUUCCGCGCCUCGUGCUUUCCAUCACGGCGGAUCGGGAACCUGCGGCAACGCCCGUGGAGUUCAACUUUACAUCCGAAGCGCUGAAGGAUUAG